AUGCCUGGCCCCGAAAAGUUGGAGAAAGAAAAAGGCACCGUUCCGGGCCGCUUCGAAACCUGCGCAAUGACAAACCUCCAUUUUUUUUAUUCCUCGAACCCCGAAGGCACACUUGGCAGCGGUCGAGAUUCAUUUGGUCGUGGAAGUUUUCAAGAGCCCUACCAGCUCCAGACCAUACGAAUGCUUUUUAUUCACUCCUCAGACAGGUCUCAGGAACCGAAUGUUCCCAAUCCCAUCUUCAUCGGCGCACACUAUCGAGUCGACUUGGUUCAACGAGAAAUCAUUGAGGGCGCAAGCAUGUGA